AUGGUUGGCAGCGAGGCGGUGGACGGCGAAGUUCUGGAUCAAGGGCUGCCGGUCCGGGCGCCGGAGAAUUCGCGGGAGAAUUCGCAGCCGGACUCGUCCGGGUUCAUGGACAAGAGCACCAUUCGCCGUGGUGCUCAGUUCCGUGUCCAGACCUGGGAGAGGGACUACCACAUUACUCACGACACUGCGAUGACCCGCAUCAUCUGUGAAGUGUGUGAAGACGCUCGGCCGACGAAAAAGACCUUUGGAGUGACCGCGGCGAAAAAGACCAUCGCCGAGCAGGAGCCACGUGCGUUUUGUGACAGUCCCUACGGCGAGCUGCAACGCACGCCCCUCCACUAUGCCGCGUGGCAUGGGGCCAAGGGCGCCCUCGUGGAGCUCCUCAAGUCUCGGGCCACGGUGGAGAUACGGGACCUGAACGGCAGGACGCCUCUGUCGCUGUCUGCGGAGGCAGGCUUUACUUCAUGUUGUGAGGUGCUGAUCAAGGCUGCUGCCCAAGUGAACUCUCAGGACCAGCAGGGCCGAAGGCCGCUCCACUGGUGCGCGGUCGCAGGACAGCUGGAGUGUUUGAAGCUGCUGAUCAAGGCGGGUGCGGAUGUCUCGGCGCCGGAUGUGGACGGCCGGCAGCCGCUCUGGUGGGCGCGAGGGCCAGGCGCCUCUGCAGAGUGCGCUGAAGAGCUCUUGCAGCAUGGUGCAGAGGUGGACUCCUGUGAUGCGAACCUCCACACACCGCUCCUGGAAGCCUUGAUGCGAUCAGAUGAGGCGAAGACAUCCAUCCUGAUCACACAUGGUGCCGAGGUGAAUCAUGAAGACCAGCUGCAGCAAACGCCGUUGUUCUACGUGGCAGACAGGGGUCACCUCCCUCUUUGCCAACAGCUUCUUAAGGCCAAGGCCGUGCCCAGCAAAGCUCCUUCUGGCAGGAGCCCCUUCAGCAUCGCGCAAGCCAGGAAUCAUCAGGAGCUCCUGCCCUUGUUGCAAAGGCCCGUCUCCAAGAGACGCAAGAGCGCCGCUGCCACGAGCAAGUUGGCCAAUCGGAAGAAGUACCAGCUGUUUUGCGACUUGGAGGGUACAUCUUUGGGGCCUGACUCGGAGGAAUAUCAGGAAGCUUUGCGGGAGUUUGAGAUGCUGGUGAAGGAGGUCCAAAAGGAGGCAGCCGGAAGUGUGGGUGUUUAG